UCUUGAUGAGAGGUUUUACUACUCUGCAGAAAACUCCUCAUCUCAUUGCAUGAAAAGGAACAAAGCAUCUGGGAAAUAACAUCUUGAGAAAGAGGUGAAUCAGUAAAAGUGUGUUGCAUUGUCUCUGAAGCUGGUGUAGCAAUACCCCCUGUUAUUGUUUUUCCACAAAAAUUAUUUAGAAACCUACUAAUGAGAGGAGCACCAGAAGGUUCUAUUGGAUUAGCCAAUCAAUCUGGAUGGAUGAAUGCUGAAAUAUUUAUAGAUGUUUUAAAGCAUUUUGUUAAGUUUGCUCGUCCAACAGCCGAUCACAAAGUUUCAUUGAUUAUGGAUAACUAUGAAAGCUACCUUUCACUAUAGUCACUUGAAUAUGCAAAAGAGAAACAUGUUUGUAUGAUGAUUUUGCCACCUCAUACUUCACAUAAGAAACAAUUUUUAGAUAGGUCUGUGUUUAGUCCAAUGAAAACAUAUUUUAAUGCAACUGACAAUAGCUGGAUGCUUAGCAAUCUAGGACAAGCCAUUAAAAUUUAUGAGAUGGCCAGUCUCAUUCGACAAGCAUGGAAAAAAUCUUCCACACCAACAAAUAUUAUGUUAGGAUUUCGCGUGACAGGAAUUUGGUCUUAUGAUAGACAUGUAUAUGAUGAUAUUUUUUUACCAUGAGUUGUAACAGAUAGAGAUGUGUCUCAAGAUCCAUACAGUGAAGGCUCAUGUGAGAAAUUGAUUACAACUGCUACUCCUUCAGAUAUCUCAGAUUUGAAUGGGCAACAUGAAGCAGUAAAAGAAAACUUAACUGUAUUUUCUCCUGAGAUUGUACGAGGUUAUCCAAAAGUAAUUUAAACUAAAUACUCUCAGUUUAGGUUUUCUUUAAAUUCUAUAUUUAUUUAAUACUAUAAUAUAUAUUUAGCAGGUACCUUUUUAUAAGAUUUUAAAGCGUGAACAUAAAAAGGGAAAGUGUAUGAUAGCCACAUCAACACUAGAAUAAAAGACGAAGUAUUAAACAAAAAAAAGGUAAAAAAAUUGUCUUUCUAAAAUCCAAAAAUGUUAGAAAAAGCAUAUUACGCAAAUCGAACAGUGACUUUGAUGUAGACUUCAACAAAAUAACAAACGAUGUUUCUGCUAAUUGUUACUCACUAGAGUUUGAAUAAGAGUUGGAAGCUGUUUCUUUUAGCACUAUUCAAAAUGUGAGUGUUAGUGAUUAUGUUCUUUGCAAGAUUUGUAGUAAAAACAUCAUUUCUUAUUAUGUAGGCAUAGUGCAGAAAGAAAUAGAUACAAAUGUUGAUGUAGAAAUCAGCUUCCUGAAAUGCCAGAAUAAAAAAACUUCUAAAUUUUUCAAACCUAGAAUUAAUGACAUUCGUAGUGUGAACGUUAAUGAUAUAAAAGCAGUCCUGCCAAAUCCGCUCGUUGGAACAACAUCUAGAACAAAUGGUGAAAUCGCUUUCCAAGUGAACUUUGGCAUCUUAAAUGUAAACCAGUAGAAGUCAUUGUUGAAGCCACGAUUUUGUCAAUUAAAAGUGUGGAUAUUAUAAAAAUGACAUAUACCAUGGAGUUAUUUUUCCGACAACGUUGGCGAGACUAUAGACUUAAGCAUAACCUGGAUCAAAAUCUUCAAAUAACCGUUGGUGAGAAACAUCCAGCAGAUAUAAUUUGGACUCCAGAUACAGUAUUCAUUAACUCUGCAGUCAGCAAUCUUUUCCAUUUAACUGUUAACAAUCACCAUGUUGAUAUUUCACCAUUAGGAGAAGUGUUCUGGGGUACAAGAGUAAGUGUUUCUCCCAAAUGCGUUGUGAAUUUAGUAUUAUAUCCUAUGGAUAUUCGAACAUGUGUCAUAGAAACUGUCAGUUAUGGUUACUCUACUCGCCAUAUACAAUACAAAUGGAGCUCACAUAAUCCAAUUAUUGUGCAAGAUAAGCAAAUGAACCAAUUUGUAAUGACUGGUUUUGACACUAUCGCUCAAGAUAAAGUAUUUAUUUCCGGAAAUUUUACAUAUUUAACAGCAAGUUUUACUUUUCAAAGAUUAUUUGGAUUUGCUAUUAUUCAAAUAUAUGUUCCAACUAUAGCUAUUGUAGUUAUAUCUUGGAUGUCACUAUGGGUUCGUAGAGAUGUUCCACCUGCUAGAGUUUCCUUGUGUAUCACUGCACUUCUUACAAUCUGCACGGUCUGGUCGUCUGUUAAUUCCCAGCUCCCACGUGUGAAUUAUUUUAAGGCAGUCGAUAUCUAUUUGAUGGUAUCAUUUUGCAAUGUGAUUUUUACUCUAAUCGAAUACACGUUAGUCUUGAACAGUGAUUUAUUAGGAGAUAUUUGGAGACAGCGAAAGAAACUUUCAAUUCUAACCAAGAUAAAGAAUAAAACAUUGUUGGAGCCAAAACAAAGUGGUUCAUUGACCUUUAGGGGUGAAAAAAAGAUCAAAAGCGAAAUUCAAGACACUGAGAAACAAAAACAAGAAUUAGCUAAAAAAAUUAGUGCUGAAAACGAUCGGAUUGCCGAUAAAAUUGAACAUUUGGCACGUAUAAUAUUUCCAUUAACGUUUAUUGUCUUUAAUAUAUUUUACUGGACAAUCUUUUUGCUAAAGUAAGCUUCUUUAUUAAAUACGAUUUUAUGUUGAAAGUAAUACAAAAACCCAUUUAUGUUAAAACAAUACAUAAAGCUAUUUUAUUUGAACAAUACAAAUAUACUAUUAAUGUUAAAACGCCAUACAACCACUGUUUUAAAAUUAUGUUUAACCGUUAUAAUUAGACCAGUUAACAGUAACAGCUAUAAUUAGUAAUAUUUUACAAGAUAACAAAAAUUUUGAAAAUGUUUUGACUGUCACACUAAUUAAAUAAAUAGAGACAAUUUUAAUAAAUUAAAUACUUUUUAAAUAAGAAAAAACUGAAAUUUGAAAAAAAAAAAAAUGUAGUAGCGCCAACCUACUCUGUAUUGUUCAAAAACUUAAGCUAUAAUCAACUACAACUUGAGACAUUAUAAUAACAGGGCUCUAUCUCCUUUUUGUAAUGCAGAGAAUGUAAUGCAGAGAGAAUUUAGCAAAGUUUGUUAUA